GAGGACAGAGCUAUAAAGAGCUCAAGAGCUAUAAAGGCUUUCUCUGUCCGUGUGGAGCUGGUGCGGACAGCCUGCCAGAGUCCGGUCUCCUGACGCCAUGGGUACCCGAUACUUCCUAGCUCUGUUUCUCAUCCUCCUGGUGUUGGGAUUCAAGGUCCAGGGGGUCGCUAUGGCCCAGGAAGAUGAGGCUGACAGCCCUGGCCUGCUCACCCGGAUGCAGGAAUCACUCUUCAGUUACUGGGAUACGGCCAAGGCAGCUGCCCAGGACCUGUACCAGAAGACAUACCUGCCCACCAUGGAUGAGAAAAUCAGGGACAUAUACAACAAAAGCACGGCAGCUGUGACCACCUAUGCAGGGAUUUUUACUGACCAGCUCCUUUCUCUGCUGAAGGGAGACCAGUAACAGCUGGACCCCCAAUAGUGGGGCAGGGCAAAUCCAGACCCCUGCCACCCCUGGGCUCCCCUGAUCUACCCCCAUACUUCCUAGCAGCUCUGAGCAUCCUGCUCCCAACUCUAGCUUGACUUCUUAUCAAUAAAAAGAA